AUGGAAUCUCCAGAGAUUCAUUCAGCGAUAUUGGGCUGGGAUUGGGGCAGCACCGCAAUCAGAGUCAGUCUACUCACUUUCCAAGGUAGAGAGCGGAUUCUACAAGAUAUAUUCAACACAGGAUCUCAUCCUGGGCACGAUGAGCGAUACCAAAAGGGUGCCUUCAACUCGGCUCUGUAUCUAGACGGAAAGGGCGAUGUGUACCUUGGUGAAAGAAUGGACGAUAGUCGAAUUCCUACCCCCUCCAAGGAACUUUUCAGCAGCAAUUCCGCCGCCAUCAAUAGUUUCAAGGCUAUCAAUAAGAAUCUGAACAGGGGGGGAAUCAGGAGCUCCCAAGAGCUCAUUGACGAGGGAAUGGACGCCAUCGCCAGAGCUGUUCUUCAGCAAGUACAAAGUUACUGUCAAGGAGGGUAUUUGCACGGUCGUGUGCUCAGCGAGGUCAAGAUCCUUCGGGUUGGGCUGUCCUACCCAGCAUUCUGGGGGCACGAGGAGCGAACCUUCUACGAAGACAUCAUUAGGAGAGUCAUGUCUGAUUUCCCUGAUAUUUUUACGACCGACACAGAUGUGGACUUCCACGUGGAAAGUCUAGCUUCAGCACAUAACUUAUUCUGGAACCAACGCCUUCACAAUGAGAUUCUUCGAAUAUCCGACAAACCUGCACUUUUAGUCUUCUUGGACUUUGGCGGCUACACUUUGAACGGCUGCAUGUUUACUGUUGUACAGGGCAAGAAACAGGUGUUUAGCUACUAUAGAGUUGGCGACACAUUCUGCACAAGGGGCGGCACUGAACUGUGGGAGCAAGCCUUCGGGAAAUUUGCAAUAGAAUACUUGGAAAAGAAGCUGAAAUCCAAGUUACCUCCAAGAGAGCGGACGCAGCUUCUUCAAAACUUUCAUCUGCAUAUCAAGAAGUUACGCUCGGACAAGAUCAAGGAGAUGUCGCUGCAUGUCACAGAUCCGCAGAAUGCAAGGAGAUCGCUGACGGUGUAUCUUUCGGAAGAAGAAGCCGAGGGCUGCUUUUUGGAUGGGAUGAAACGACCCAUCGAGUUGGCAAAGGAGAAAAUUGCUGAGGCGGCAACUCUCAGCAACAGGGUACGAGUUGUAGUUUCCGGCGGAAGCGGCAAAAGCUCCAUCGUCCAGGCCUACAUCUGGGAGGCGUGCAGGAAGGCCAAAAUCGAAGAUCCCUUCUUUUUCCACGAAAAGGCGGGAGAUAAGGAGUAA